AUGUCUGACGCCAGGAAAUCCGCUCUUCGGGAGCUGAAGACGCAGAACAAACUCCCACAUGUCGGCAUCGUAGGAGCUGGUAUUUCCGGACUAAGGUGUGCGGAUACCCUGAUUCGCAAUGGAUUUGAGGUCACCAUUUUUGAGGCCAGAGAGAGGAUCGGGGGUCGGGUCUUUCAACAGGAGAUAGGUGGCCAUGCGGUGGACAUGGGCGCCAACUGGAUUCACGGCACGAGCAACAAUCCCAUUGCACUCCUUGCCUCCAUGACUGACACGGACAUUGUCCCCGACGAACCCGACUCUAUAUUUUUCGACUCUGCGGGUGAGCGAAUACCCAAGGAUAAGGCAGAUCCAUGCGCAGAAGUUGUCGCGGGUGCUCUUAAAAAAGCCAUCGAACACAGCAAAAAGCGCUCAUCAUCCAUCGACCCCCAGACAAGCGUUUUAGACUACGUACUAGAAAUAGUGAGACAAUCGCAUCUCAACGCAGAGUCCAAGAUCAUCUGCGAACAAAUGAUACACAUGUACAAUUCGGAGAUUGGAGACUGCAUUGCAUCUCAGAGCCUGAAAUACUUUCAUCUCGAAGACGGCAUGGAUGGCAACGAUGCUUUCGUCGCGUCGACGUACAAAAAUAUCAUGCAGCUAAUUGGCAAAGCUGCUAGAAGCGCCGAUGCCAUACAGCUUGGACAAGAGGUGGUCCAGGUGCAAACCUUGUCCCGAAACUCGGACAAGAAGGCCGUUGCCAUUGAGUUGGCCGGUGGCCAAGUCAAGACUUUCGAUGAAGUUGUCAUCACAUGCCCUCUCGGCUGGCUCAAACGACACAAGUCCGCCUUCACGCCUUCCCUGCCCCCCCGGCUCGAGCAAGCAAUCGAUAGCAUCGGGUAUAGUGCUCUUGAAAAGGUCUUUGUUUCGUUUCCUACUGCCUUCUGGAAGGAAGCAAAGGACAGACGCGAUGCCGCUCCCUCGACCCUCGUUGCGAGCGACGAAGCUUCGAGGUUCAUAUUCUGGCAUUUCUUGAGCCCGUCCUACCACCCGCUGACGAAGCAUCUGGGCUCAUGGACUCAGGAGUUUGUCGCCCUUUCAGGGCUUCCGGCUGCUCACGCUCAUCCCACUCUGGUAUUCUACGUGGCUCCUCCCUGCUCUCGUCAUCUCAUGCCGUCCUUCGCAGGCCUCGCCCCCCACUCGGACGCGUACAAUGCCACUCUUCGUUCUUUUACUGAACCAUUUUAUUCUCGCAUGCCAAACUACAGUGCAGCCAGCCCUGCUUGUCGCCCGACUUUGUUUCUUGGCAGUCAGUGGCAGAAUGACCCCUUUGCAGGAUAUGGGAGCUAUGUGAGCUUUCAAGUUGGGCUAGAGAGAGCUGAUGAAGACCUGGAGAUCCUGCGCUCCGGUGGAGGAAGGGGAACAACAGGCGGCAAUCUGAUGGGUAAUGACCGCGGUGUAUGGUUCGCUGGAGAACAUACCGCUCCGCUAUGCGGCCUUGGAACGACGACGGGAGCUUGGUGGAGUGGUGAAAGAGCGGCAAGAGACAUUCUCGAGGUUUACGGCAUGAAGAAGGAUAUGAAAAAGGAUGGAAUUGAGCCCGUGAUAUCAUAG